GCCUUGCGGACACCUCGAUAAAACGGACAGCAGCUAAAUCUCCGCGAAAACAAAUCACAGACGUUUGACUGAAAUAAACUCCCGCUAUUACGGACUCUCUGUAAUGAGGACACUUCCUCGAGGUCCAUACAGUGUCCGCAAUAAAGGGAAUUGAUUAGUGUACUGAUAUCUAUCACUAGCGGCUUCAGCCGCUGCGAUCCUCUGAUGAGUACCAACAAGCAAAAUCUUAGUUCUUUCAAGAUUAAGAAUUAGGAAAUUUGCGUGAAGCCAGCAAAGGAUAUUUGUUCGACUCGUGUUCUCGAUUCGUUUUCUCGCUCAAAAGCGAUUUCUUGCCUCGGUAAGUGUGCUUUUAUAAUCUUAGUUUGGUUACGUGUUUCGGAAACUUUUCGGGAGAAUUCUCGUGACGCUGGCCUUCGAUACACCGGUACUAUUUUGUAAAAAUACUGCCACAACCCUUCGGUUAUAAAUUAUAAAUGCAUGAACAAACUGACGACCGCAAAUAUUUCCAGUGAAAGUACGAUUGGCUCUCAAGCUGUUCGGCGUCAAUAAUUUCUGCUGACAUCAUUUUAUUUCCGCGUUCUAUAACAAAGCCCGGUGCUGUAUUCAGUGCAUUCAUGAACAGAUCAUUCAGUGGAUAACUGACACCACUUAGUCAGCAAACACAUUUUGAGCCAAAGCCACAGUUUUCAUUCCUCAAAUCAAGCCAACGAAGAUGAAAUCCACGUUUUUCCUCUGCGUUAUAUUUGUUCUUGUUGCUUGUUCUUUCUGCAGUCCAGCUAAGAAGGUGAGUGAGUAGUGAGUAGAGACUAGCAUGAAUUACACGAAAUGGUGUGUACCGUUGAAUUAUCGUCACUGAUGAAGCCCGCACUCACUCGCAAAUUAACUUCCACUGCAUGCUAUUAAUUAAGAUAAUUUUCUCACCACGGUGCAAAAUUUAGUUACUUUACCAAACUGACAAUAUAAAACCAGUUUUUUGUGACAAUUUAAGUAUCUAAACGCUUUGCCAAAAUCAUGGGUGGCUUCGCGAGGAAGGCAAAUCACUAUUUUGACUAUGCCAAAAAGUUAAGUCUCACUGACACAAUCUUAGUGCACGAUGUACAAUUCCAGCUAAUGUUUUUAUUGACUGACGCUCGGUAACUUAACUUAUAUCAGAGGCCACUGCACGCUGUUUUCGAAGUUGCGUGUGUAUAUUAAAAAGGCGCAAAAUCAUGCGCUCAUUUCUCAUAUGGAAUGCCACUCCACAAAGUCGGUUCUUCUGCAGUUUCGGUUUCGUGUGCUGAGUCACACUUUAAACCGACAGGAACUCAGACAAUUCACUACCGCAUUUGCAUCGAUGGUUGUUAAAAUUAUGUUUUGUGUUGAGCCCUGAGACACCUAACCUUAACUACGUUUGAAGAAUCGGCAGAUCAUGAUCAGUUAACCUGAAUAUAGUGCAACUCCUCGUCGGCGAUCAAAUUCAGGCGUUUUUUCUAACAACAGCUCUAAACGAGGAACUAGGUUGAUAACUUCUACAAACACAUGAGCUGCCAGCAUGGUUCGGGUGAUCUCGAGUUUGCAAACUAAAGAGUCUCAAUGGCAAAAUUUAGUAACCAAUAUAGCUUCAGCUGCUUAGCUCUUAGAAUUCUGAGGGCCGUUGACCGCAAGGGAGUGACUUCAUUGAAGAUCCAUUGAAGGAACGCGGAAACCGCACAUCAUUGAUGAAUAAUAUUAGGCCUUUUUUUUCUUAUAUCAGUGACAACAGCCGCAUCGCAUAAUAAGGAAUAUUAAAAGACCAUUUCCGUUAGAUUUAUUCCAUGAUUUUUGACUUAUAUGUCAAAAGGGGCCAAAUGCAGACUAGUUUGAAUGUACAAUAAAGCAUGGCCAUCGAGACCAACUGUUAUACACCUAAGUUGCAUAAUCAGAGCAUUUUCAGUGAAGCAUGGCGCUAAUGAUACUGUUUUCAGCAACCUCAUCAUCUGUUGAACAAAAAACUAAAAAAAACCGUGUGCGUUUUGCAAUUAUAAGGGACCGGACUGUGUGUAGACUGCCGAACAGUCGGGUUUUUUCUCGAAAUCAGUAAAGAAAUCGGUAAAGCGUGGUGGGGCGUGUGAGGCGAGAGAAAAAGCGUCUCUUAGCGUCUCUCCCCAGUCUCGCUCCCUGAAUUCAGCCUCGUUGCAGACCCUUUGUUUGACUGCUCGCGCGUACUUGAAUACGCAAAAAAUACGGACUGUUCUGCAGUUUAGACUGUGUGUGUUUUAUUUUUUUAGGCGGUGAAUAGUCUUAAAAAGGCAGUCGCAUCUCAACAACGAACAAGGCGAUCGGUAAGUUUGUCUUGCUUUGACUAAACGUGAUAUUUAACUGUAUUUCCUUUAAUAGUAGGCCCAAGAUGCCUUCAAAAGUUAAAGAAAACUUUAGAGACCAUGAUCUUUCUGCUUUAUAGUUCACUAAAGAAUUCAUCUCGCAGUAAUUCCGCAUUAAUUGGCUUUAGCUGUUGCGGUGUCCCUGCCCUGAUAUUUUGUUUGCAUAUCUACAGUGUUUUUUUUUUGUAUUCUUCAGGGCAAAGCUAAUAAAAUAAAAUAAAAUAAAAUAAAUAACAUUUGUUGGCCGUCAAUACCUAUACCGACUACAUGAGUCUGCGAACUGAACGUCUUCCGCUUAUCGUAUUAGGUGCAUUUAUUCAUCGUGGCUAAACUUAGCCAUGCGAUGACAUACACAUCAGCUAGCACUUUCAUGCUUUUUUCACUAUUUCUAAAAAGGCUAGUCUUUUUUUCGCUUUUGCCUUAUAUCAAUCUUACAUUUCUGAUACAGCUUCCGGUGGACAACAUUGCAUCUGCUAUAUCCAGUAUCAUGGACAGCAUUGAGGAGGUUCCGAACACCAGGAACAAGCGAUCGGUAAUUAAACUUCACCUUUCUUUUUUAUUUACACGCAUAAAUAAUUUAUUUCGCGGUUCUAAGACGCUUGUACAUCAGCAAUGAAAAGCCUACGAGACCACAAUUUAAAAGGGUAGGGUCACCAAUAGUUUUGUGCUUCUUGAAGAUGCAAGAGAAAAGUUUGUGCCAAUAGAAAUUCCCAAAGAGUGAGCCGUGCCAUACUAAUGUACGUACGAUGUUGAAGGACUUCGAACGCGCGUAAGUUGGCUCGUAAUGUUUCAUUUUUGGUGCUGCUGAAACCGUUGUACCGCCAUUAAUCUGUCCUCCUAUCUUUUCCGGCUCAAAAUGUGUUUUUCGUACUUCAGCGAGGGUGCGUACAAAAAUUAAAUUAAAAAUGAUUUGCAUGAACGAGAUUGAUCCUUUUCCUCCUCCACUUUCUAAAAUUGUAUUUUCAAAACCCUACUUAGAAACUGUUUUGAAAAAUACCACGUUUGUUAGAAAUAUUUGAAAUUAGCUUCAUUGUUUAUUUACAGAGCGAUGAACUGAUGAAUUCUCUGAAGAAUGCGCUUGAGUAAGUAAUACACCUAUCAGUGUUAUACCCCAGGGCUGGGGGGGAGGGGUUGAGAGGGCAAGGGCGGUGGAGUAAGUGAUACACCUAUCAGUGUUAUACCCCAGGGCUGGGGGGGGGAGGGCAAGGGCGCUUGAGUAAGUAACACACCUAUCAGUGUUAUACCCCAGGGCUGGGGGAGGGGGGGUGGCAAGGGCUAACCUAGGGACUUUGAUCAGAGAGGAAACUUAUAAGUCAAAACACCCUUCCCUUGGGCCGAUUUUUUAGUUCACAGUUCUCUACUAGGGGCGACACUUUUUAAUAAUCAAGGUGGCCAGAAAAAGUGUACUGACGCCAAGAGGAAGAACCUUCCGGAUCAACAAAGAUAACAAAGUUCAGUUUGCCGUAAACUGUCAACGCGGAUCUAUGUCCCCAUCUCAGCCCAUCUUCUCCCCCCUUUCCUCUUCGGGCGUAACAGCCAGUGCUACCUAAAUUUUAGCCGCAUUAUUGUGUAGAAACAGGCAAUGUAAUUUGUGGCUAAAUUGAGCUCAAUUUACUCUUUAAUUUCCAGUAAAACGGUUUUCUAACAGUUUUUUGCUAAUUAGCCAUUACUGAUUAUUUACCAACUUUGUUUCAAGGGAAGAGGGCCUCGAAGACGUUUCUGCCAACAACGUGGCCAGGUAAGACAUGGAUGACCUAAACUAAACUGCUAAUGAAGUGCAAGUUGGAGAGGGAAGAAAGACCAAAAGGCCCCCCAGCCUUUUCGUAAUUGUCAUUGUUGUAAAUGUCUGUCCGAGAUGCACUGAAAAAAAAAAUGGAUGAAAAUUUAAAAAAUUUAGGAAGUUAAGAAAGAUAUGUGAACAGCGUUUAUGUGAGUUCAACCAAUCAAUCAAAAUAAAAUAAUCGAGAUUAUACCGUAUUUUUUCAGCAACUUAAUCAGCGAAUCAAUGGAAGAGUAAUGACUCUUGGAGCAACUACGACCCUUUGAGGUGAGAAUACUGACUUUUUAUUGCAAACCAUAGCAUUCAGGGAACUUGUAUUGAUCCACUACUGUUCGCUUUUCUCUUUCAGGUGACAUCAACUGAAAGCCAUUAACUCAGUCAAUUUUUUAAGUUCUGUAAUUGCUGUAAUUCAUAUAAAAGUAAAAAUAAAGCUUCAUUUUUGAUGUUUACCACUUGAGAUGUAGCUAACUUUGCUUCAGUGCCACUUUGAUCAUACAUUCGCUUUGAAACGCAAACAUUAAAAUACAGUUUUAGCCUGCAUAUUACGAGGUUUCUUUUGAACAAAGAGAAGAACUCGAAGAGACUCGAACGAGGUUUCUCACGCCCUCCAAGGAUCUUUCGUCCAUACCAAAACGACCAAAAACCGAGGUUUUCGUAAACGCACAAAGAUUAAAAUGGCAUCUUUCGGGACCUCCACCAUAAGUGCGACAAGUAGGGCCAACACGAUGGAUCUCGAAAUUUUGAAGCCGAAGACCUAACAAGGCUAUAAGUCACAAAUUCACUAUAACUUCAGCAUCAAAAGACUACAGUCCACUACAGCAUAUACCACGCAUAGUGGGAAAUAUAAUAUUUUUCUUUCUUUUUCUACUUGUUUUUGACAACAUGUUUAUUUCCAGGCGCGCAAGUAUUUUUUACAUCCCUGUCAUAUAUCUUACACUAAUGUGUCGUGGCGACAAAGUUGAAUCGCAACUAACAAAACUGUUAACAUUCAACAACGGCGCCCAAGAAAGAUAAAGAGAUUCUCCAGUAAUAACUAGAAGCGGCUUUAAGCAAGCCUAGCUCAAAUAAAGUCAUAUAGUAUGCUUAUUUACAAUCCGUCAAGUUAGUUCAGUAAGUUAUGCACUUGAUGCCGGGUAAUCACGAACGCGCGUGAAGAUUGUAACCAAUUCUCUCUCUUCCUUAACUUACAGUCAGAUUUAUAGUUUUGCUUAUCAAACCUUGCUAUUGUUUCUCUUUUGACUUCCCUAUUGCCAUCGUCGUCGUAGUAUCGUACGGCCUCUAAUUGGACGGCUGUGAAGGUAGAUGGUGUUGCCCGAUGAAGUUCUCCGUUACGACCCUGGAAAUAGGUCUAAUUGUGAAAUUAUCUUCUGUCCGAUUCUUUCCACAGAGUUUUAGGUCGAAUUUAACGGUAAAUUUAGGGGUCUUAGUUUUCGUAAUUUCGAAAACUAAGACAGGUCUUAGGUCUUAGUUUUCGAGGGUAUUAGUUUUCGUAACACCCAAAAGAUCGGUGCUAGUGUUACCAUGAACGACAUCCAUAUAGCACAUCGUUUUCCGAAGAGAUCUACAAGGAGUGAAGACGAGAGGUCUUCGCACAACGCCAUCAUAUGCAAAUUUACCCGUCGGUUACCCAUUCAAGAGAUAAUGCAGCAAAGCGUUCGAAUCUCCACGAUAAAUCCUUCUGAAAAUGGUUUGCCAGAUGAUGUGCUUUUAACCUCAGCAAGAAUUUUCGAGCACUUAACGCCAAAGCUACAACAGCUACUCUACGAAUCAAAAAAGUGUCAACAACAAUUAAAAUUUAAAUUUUGCUGGGCCAAAAAUGGAGCUGUCCUCAUGAGAGAAACCGAUACGUCUCGGAUCUUCAAGCUCUAUUCUAUGGAUGGUUUAGCGAAGUUAAGCUCUGGUAUAGCGCCUUAAGCUGCGCUACGGAUAUGUAUCGUACGGAGAUGUUAAUAGGGACUUUAAGAUUCACUACAGCAAAGGGGCUACUACGGCUACAUUAAGGUCAAAAUCACUUCCGGUAUUGCCAUCACGCGAGUUGCACUACGGCUUUCCCGCCGUAGCCUCGUUUUCUGCUACGUCAAAUUGCCUUCUUUGCCAUACUCUUCACUACGUGAGUAUUAACUGUCAUUUCUUUGCCAUUUUAAACCUUAUUUCGCUUUUCUGAGAAGCCUACUUCAAAGACUAAGUACUUAGUCAUACUUAGAUAUUCCUUAGAUAUUAUUGCUUCGUUAUUUUAGCGAAAACCCAAAGGAUUUGGAUACCUUACCUGCCGGCAGACAAGAAGUGACCUUCUUGGGUGAGUAGUUGAUGUAUGACCCCAUGAAAUGUCCUGAGACACCAGUGCCAUGUCGUGCCUCCAGGCACAGAAGUGUGACCCCAUGUAGUAGUAAGUGUAGUAAGGGUAGUAGCUGUAGUAGCUGUAGUAAGUGUAGUAGGUGUAGUAGCUGUAGUAAGUGUACAUUUACUACACUUACUACACCUACUAACUACACUUACUACUAAAUGGGGUCACACUUCUGUGCCUAGAGGCACGACAUGGCAAGGGUGUCUCAGGACAUUUCAUGGGGUCAUACAUGAACAACUGACAACUUCGUAAGGCUUAUUUAAGCUGAAAGAAGUUUUAGUUUCUAUAAGGGACCGAUCGUUUAUAUCGUCCCGGGGGGAGGGGGUGGGGGGGGGGCGCCGGUUUUCAGAAAAGUGUGGUGCAUGAAAACUGUACCCCCCUAAAAUAAUUUCAUAUGAAAAUUGUACCCCCCCCCCCCACCCCCCUUGGCGAUAAGAGUUUUUAAAAUGCACCCACCCACCUUUCCUUGACCAAGUUUUAAGAUGACUAGAAUUUCUCUCUUUCUUUGGACAUCGACUUCGUAUUAAAGCUAGAUGGGGCUCAAAGGCGGUUAAAAAAAAACGGCCACGAAAGAUACCAGGCCUUAAUCCACAUGAGUUUUUCUAGUGACAGCAAACUUAACUUUUUAAGUGGCUCGCUUAGCAGUCUUCAUCGAGAUCCCGUCUAGCCGAGCUGAAAAUUUUUCACGUCAAGCGUUUGCCAGCAAGAAAUUUUAAGCAUUUUAAUCUCGUUUGGAGCAAACUCAGUAACCAAUAAAUUCACAUUCCGGCCUCUUCCUAUCAAGUAUGUAUCGGGUAUAGCUUACACUUCUCCUCAAAGCCAUUUAUUUCCGUCUUUUCUUUAUUUAUUAUGUUUCACUGAUCACUAAGGCAGAUUCGUCAUUUUGUAAAUUUAGCAAAAUUGUGGAGUUUAAAUAUAAUGAUUUUUAGCGCGCGAUCAUACCCUCAGUUGUGGGAAGGUGGGGAAAAAAAUCUUUUACAACGACAUAUGAACAAUCUAGAACUGCCUUGCUUCAAAAGAGCCGAGCUAUCGAUUUCUGCUUCUUGUGCGCGUAAAACAAUCAGUAUCGUACCAGUAAAUUCGCGAUAUUACAUGUAUAAUGAAGCUAAAUUUAGUACGCUAAGAUAAUAUUGCAAAAUCGCACGCUUUUAAAGUAAAUGCAUGCAGUUAUACAUCAGUUUCAUACAGGAAUUAAAACUGACUAAAUUGCUAUUUAAUAUAUUUAUGGCUUCCUUGGUUUACACCAAGUGCCUUCUCAAAAAUCCGGCGGAAGUGUUGCAGUAAUAGAAAUCUACUCAAUACUGCGCACGAGGUCCUCAGUGCUAAAGGGAAGUACAUUGGUGCGUAAAAAAGUGACAAAUCGUCGCUUAUUUGCUUUAACCGGAUGAUUACUAAGACUAAGUCGACGAAAACUUGAAGACGUUAGCCGUCGACCCGACUUUUAGUUUUCGAGUGCUUGGAAAAUGAUCAUGUCAAAAACCUUCGUAGAAUGAAUAGCUCAGAAUAGGGUCGUUUCGCUUGAGAGACGAUAGAGAGACGUCAUUAUAUUCGCCAGCGAUAUAAUGAAUAUAUGUCUCUUAUUUAUUUAUUUAUUAUUUAAAUCACAUUAAAAAACAUAAAAGAGACUAGUAAGUUAUCAAGUACAGGUAUUAUUGUCUAAGAUGGCGUUUGAGCUUAAUCUUAAAUUCACUGAGCGUCUCUAUCUGUCUGGCCCCAGUUGUUCAAACGUUGGAUAGCGCUAUCCAACGUUUGAACAACUGGGGCCUGAUGUUUCCAUAACCUCAAAAAACUGGAAAAAAAGGAAACCUUACAAGUACUCCAUGGAAGAAGAACACUCUUGCCGAUAUUUCGUCUUUCAGUAAAAGACUUCGUUUCAAGGUAGAGUAUUGUAUGUACGAGCACCGUUUAUGCUAAAGCUUCUGUGGUACUUAACAGUUUACGCAAAAGGAGAACGCAGCAAAUCAUGGCGUCUGGUGUUGUAGCUAUGAACUUCGUGCGCAUGCCUAAACUCAGAGAGUAAGUACAAUUAAAAGUACAAUGGCGCCAUUCCAUAAAGACAUUUAUAGACUAAUACGCACUUCAGAUAGUCGACGCGCUUGUGGGCUAGCCCUGAUUGAUCGACCUUCAGUGAUACAGGGGCCACGUCUGUUAAGCUCAGGUUAUCUAGAUAAGAUUUGCUCCCAACCCCACAACUGUCCCAGAUAGACCAACAGUAGUCGAACAACGGCAAAACUAUAGUGCUAUAGAGCAUUAGACAAGUAGAUUUGGGAAGAACCUUGUGCGUUCGAUGCAGAGUACCUAAUCUUGUCGAGAUCUUAUUACCAGUAUACUCUACAUGCAUGGUCCUUAGGAUGGGGUGUGGUUUAGGAGGACCCCAAGGUAUUUGAAGUUGUAAACUCCUAUCUAUGAGCGUAUUACAGUCAACUCUCGCCUUGCGGACACCUCGAUAAAACGGACAGCAGCUAAAUCCCCGCGAAAACAAAUCACAGACGUUUGACUGAAAUAAACUCCCGCUAUUACGGACUCUGUGAUGAGGACACUUCCUCGAGGUCCAUACAGUGUCCGCAAUAAAGGGAAUUGACUAGUGUACUGAUAUCUAUCACUAGCGGCUUCAGCCGCUGCGAUCCUCUGAUGAGUACCAACAAGAAAUCUUAGUUCUUUCAAGAUUAAGAAUUAGGAAAUUUGCGUGAAGACAGCAAAGGAUAUUUGUUCGACUCGUGUUCUCGAUUCAUUUCCUCGUUCAAAAGCGAUUUUUGCCUCGGUAAGUGUGCUUUCAUAAUCUUAGUUUGGUUACGUGUUUCGGAAACUUUUCGGGAGAAUUCUCGUGACACUGGCCUUCGAUACACCGGUACUAUUUUGUAAAAAUACUGCCACAACCCUUCGGUUAUAAAUUAUAAAUGCAUGAACAAACUGACGACCGCAAAUAUUUCCAGUGAAAGUACGAUUGGCUCUCAAGCUGUUCGGCGUCAAUAAUUUCUGCUGACAUCAUUUUAUUUCCGCGUUCUAUAACAAAGCCCGGUGCUGUAUUCAGUGCAUUCAUGAACAGAUCAUUCAGUGGAUAACUGACGCAUUAACUGAGUCAGCAGACACAUUUUGAGCCAAAGCCACAGUUUUCAUUACUCAAAUCCAGCCAACGGAGAUGAAAUCCACGUUUUUCCUCUGCGUUAUAUUUGUUCUUGUUGCUUGUUCUUUCUGCAGUCCAGCUAAGAAGGUGAGUGAGUAGUGAGUAGAGACUAGCAUGAAUUACACGGAAUGGUGUGUACCGUUGAAUUAUCGUCACUGAUGAAGCCCGCACUCACUCGCAGAUUAACUUCCAUUGCAUGCUAUUAAUUAAGAUAACUUUCUCACCGCGGUGCAAAAUUUAGUUACUUUACCAAACUGACAAUAUAAAACCAGUUUUUUGUGACAAUUUAAGUAUCUAAACGCUUUGCCAAAAUUAUGGGUGGCUUCGCGAGGAAGGCAAAUCAGUAUUUUGACUAUGCUAAAAAGUUAAGUCUCACUGACACAAUCUUAGUGCACGAUGUACAAUUCCAGCUAAUGUUUUUAUUGACUGACGCUCGGUAACUUAACUUAUAUCAGAGGCCACUGCACGCUGUUUUCGGAGUUGCGUGUGUAUAUUAAAAAGGCGCAAAAUCAUGCGCUCAUUUCUCAUAUGGAAUGCCACUCCACAAAGUCGGUUCUUCUGCAGUUUCGGUUUCGUGUGCUGAAUCACACUUUAAACCGACAGGAACUCAGACAAUUCACUACCGCAUUUGCAUCGAUGGUUGUUAAAAUUAUGUUUUGUGUUGAGCCCUGAGACACCUAACCUUAACUACGCUGGAAGAAUCGGCAGAUCAUGAUCAGUUAACCUGAAUAUAGUGCAACUCCUCGUCGGCGAUCAAAUUCCAGCGUUUUUUCUAACAACAGUUCUAAACGAGGAACUAGGUUGAUAACUUCUACAAACACAUGAGCUGCCAGCAUGGUUCGGGUGAUCUCGAGUUUGCAAACUAAAGAGUUCAAUGGCAAAAAUUUAGUAACGAAUAUAGCUUCAGCGGCUUAGCUCUAAGAAUUCUAAGGGCCGUUGACCGCAAGGGAGUGACUGUCAUUGAAGGAACGCGGAAACCGCACAUCAUUGAUGAAUAAUAUUAGGGUUCUUGUAUCAGUGACAACAGCCGCAGCACAUAAUAAGGAAUAUUAAAAGACCAUUUCCGUUAGAUUUAUUCCGUGAUUUUCGACUUAUAUGCAAAAGGGGCCAAAUGCAGACUAGUUUGUAUGUACAAAUGCAUGGCCAUCGAGACCAACUGUUAUACACCUAAGGUGCAUAAUCAGAGCAUGUUCAGUGAAGCAUGGCGCUAAGGAGCGUUUUCGCCAAUGAACUAUCAUAAUGAUAUUGUUUUCAGCAAUCUCAUCAUCUGUUGAACAGAAAACUAAAAAAACCGUGUGCGUUUUGCAAUUAUAAGGGAAAGCUUGUAGGCUGCCACCGGAUUGUGUGUAGAAUGCCGAACAGUCGGUUUUUUUCUCGAAAUCAGUAAAGAAAUCGGUAAAGCGUGCUGGUGCGUGUGAGGCGUGUGAGGCGAGAGAAAAAGCGUCUCUUAGCGUCUCUCCCCAGUCUCACUCCCUGAAUUCAGCCUCGUUGCAGACCUUUUGUUUGACUGCUCUCGCGUACUUGAAUACGCAAAAAAUACGAACUGUUCUGGUCUUGGUUGUUCAAACGCUGGAUAGUGCUAUCCACCGGAUAAAUCGCUAUCCAGAGGAUAAUUAAGUAAUAGGGAAAUCAAUUGCGUUAUCCACUGGAUAGAGAUUUAUCCAGUGGAUAGAGUUAUCUACCUUUCGAACAGCUGGGGCCUGCAGUUUAGACUGUGUGUGUUUAUUUUCUUAGGCGGUGAAUAGUCUUAAAAAGGCAGUCGCAUCUCAACAACGAACCAGGCGAUCGGUAAGUUUGUCUUUCUUUGACCAAACGUGCUAUUUAACUGUAUUUCCUUUAAUAGUAGGCCCAAGAUGCCUUCAAAAGUUAAAGAAAACUUCGGAGACCAUUAUCUUUCCUCUUUAUAGUUCGCUAAAGAAUUCAUUUGUUGGCCGUCAAUACUUAUACCUAUAUUACUAUACGCGUUUGCGAACUGAUCUUGAACGACUUACUCUUAUCGCAUCAGGUGCAUUUAUUCAUCGUGGCUAAACUUAGUCAUGUCAUGCGAUGACAUACACUUCGGCUAGCACUUUCAUGCUUUUUUUAUUAUUAUUUCUAAAAAAACUAGCCUUUUUUUCGGUUUUGCCUUAUAUCAAUCUUCAUUUCUGAUACAGCUUCCGGUAGACAACAUUGCAUCUGCGAUAGCCGGUAUCGCCGAUAUCAUGGAGGAGGUUCCGAACACCAGGAACAGGCGAUCGGUAAUUAAACUUCACAUUUCUUUUUUAUUUACACGCAUAAAUAAUUUUCUUCGUGGUUCUAAGACGCUGGUACAUCAGCAAUGAAAAGCCUAGGAGACCACACUUUAAAAGGGUAGUGUCACCAAUAGUUCAGGGGCACCCAACGAGAAUAUAGUUCAAAACCACUUAAACAUGGCACUGUUAAACGUAUUUUAGUAUUUAAACGGUAGAUAUAGGCAUAUUUUCAUCCCCUAAAAAUUUUUCAGCUGUUCGGAUUUCCUAGCUGAAAGCUUGGUGAUCCGAAAAUUAUAGGGAUCAAAACUUAUCUUUUCGAAAAUUUCAGCCAGAAAAAAGGCUCCCGAAAAUUCUAGGUGACCUUUUUAGGGUAAAAAUCCGUUAAAAAAAGGCAAUUAUACCAUUUUUUUAAAGUUCGAAAAUCAUAGGAGAUGCAGGCAAGCAAGAAAUUUUACAACAAAUGUUCCGAAAAUUCUAGAUCUAAAAUCGUCUUCCGAACAGAUAUUCUUCCGAAAAUUGUCGUUGGGUGCCCCUGAUAGUUUUGUGCUUCUUGAAGAUGCAACAGAAAAGUUUGUGCCUAUAGAAAUUCCCAAAGAGUGAGCCGUGCCAUACUAAUGCACGUACGACGUUCGAGGAUUUCGAACGCGCGUAAGUUGGCUCGUAAUGUUUCAUGUUUGGUGCCGCUGAAAGCGUUGUACCGCCAUUAAUCUGUCCUCCUAUCUUUGCUCAAAAUGUGUUUUCGUACUUCAGCGAGGGUGCGUACUAAAAUUAAAUUAAAAAUGAUUUGCAUGAACGAGAUCGAUCCUUUUUUCCUCCUCCACUUUCCAAAAUGGAGUUUCAAAACCCUACUUAGAAACUGUUUUGAAAAAUACCACGUUUGUUAGAAAUAUUUGAAAUUAGCUUCAUUGUUUAUUUACAGAGCGAUGAACUGAUGAAUUCUCUGAAGAAUGCGCUUGAGUAAGUAAUACACCUAUCAGUGUUAUACCGCAGGGCUGGGAGGGGGGGUUGACAGGGCAAGGGCGGUGGAGUAAGUGAUACACCUAUCAGUGUUAUACCUCAGGGCUGGGGGGGGGAGGGCAGGGGCGCUUGAGUAAGUAAUACACCUAUCANUUUCAAAACCCUACUUAGAAACUGUUUUGAAAAAUACCACGUUUGUUAGAAAUAUUUGAAAUUAGCUUCAUUGUUUAUUUACAGAGCGAUGAACUGAUGAAUUCUCUGAAGAAUGCGCUUGAGUAAGUAAUACACCUAUCAGUGUUAUACCCCAGGGCUGGGGGGGAGGGGUUGAGAGGGCAAGGGCGGUGGAGUAAGUGAUACACCUAUCAGUGUUAUACCCCAGGGCUGGGGGGGGGAGGGCAAGGGCGCUUGAGUAAGUAACACACCUAUCAGUGUUAUACCCCAGGGCUGGGGGAGGGGGGGUGGCAAGGGCUAACCUAGGGACUUUGAUCAGAGAGGAAACUUAUAAGUCAAAACACCCUUCCCUUGGGCCGAUUUUUUAGUUCACAGUUCUCUACUAGGGGCGACACUUUUUAAUAAUCAAGGUGGCCAGAAAAAGUGUACUGACGCCAAGAGGAAGAACCUUCCGGAUCAACAAAGAUAACAAAGUUCAGUUUGCCGUAAACUGUCAACGCGGAUCUAUGUCCCCAUCUCAGCCCAUCUUCUCCCCCCUUUCCUCUUCGGGCGUAACAGCCAGUGCUACCUAAAUUUUAGCCGCAUUAUUGUGUAGAAACAGGCAAUGUAAUUUGUGGCUAAAUUGAGCUCAAUUUACUCUUUAAUUUCCAGUAAAACGGUUUUCUAACAGUUUUUUGCUAAUUAGCCAUUACUGAUUAUUUACCAACUUUGUUUCAAGGGAAGAGGGCCUCGAAGACGUUUCUGCCAACAACGUGGCCAGGUAAGACAUGGAUGACCUAAACUAAACUGCUAAUGAAGUGCAAGUUGGAGAGGGAAGAAAGACCAAAAGGCCCCCCAGCCUUUUCGUAAUUGUCAUUGUUGUAAAUGUCUGUCCGAGAUGCACUGAAAAAAAAAAUGGAUGAAAAUUUAAAAAAUUUAGGAAGUUAAGAAAGAUAUGUGAACAGCGUUUAUGUGAGUUCAACCAAUCAAUCAAAAUAAAAUAAUCGAGAUUAUACCGUAUUUUUUCAGCAACUUAAUCAGCGAAUCAAUGGAAGAGUAAUGACUCUUGGAGCAACUACGACCCUUUGAGGUGAGAAUACUGACUUUUUAUUGCAAACCAUAGCAUUCAGGGAACUUGUAUUGAUCCACUACUGUUCGCUUUUCUCUUUCAGGUGACAUCAACUGAAAGCCAUUAACUCAGUCAAUUUUUUAAGUUCUGUAAUUGCUGUAAUUCAUAUAAAAGUAAAAAUAAAGCUUCAUUUUUGAUGUUUACCACUUG